GGAAGUUUGCGGAGCCCAGUCGUUGCCCCAUCGAGUCCGGUGCGGUGUUUGCAAAUACCUUGAACGCCAAAGCAGAGACAAGAAGAAGGAGGGGGACGGAAGGAGGCUUGCUUGAAAACAAGCUUCGCUACAGCAGGACACUCUUCGCUCCGUUUCUCUUUGGCUUGUUUUUCUUCCUUCAGAACAUUUUUACGUGCAGCUCAAAUCCACAAGCUCGGGAAAAUGGAUGUUCUACCCAUGUGCAGCAUCUUUCAAGAACUUCAAAUAGUUCACGACACGGGCUAUUUUUCCGCCUUGCCGUCACUGGAGGAGUACUGGCAGCAGACAUGCUUGGAGUUGGAGCGCUAUCUACAGAGCGAGCCUUACGUCUCCACUUCUGAUCUCAAGUUUGACGGCCAGGAGGACCUCUGGAGCAAGUUGAUCUUGGCCUGCGGGGAUAAGGCCAAAGCUGACCCCAAGUUGCCCCCGGUGCCCCACGAGGAGGACAAUCACGACAGCCCGAUUUUUGACACCAACAGUGUGAAUUCGGAUGCCAGCAGCGAAGCGUCAGACAGUUCUGAGGAGCUCUCGCCCACGCACAGCUUUACCUCCAACCCUCUCGGCUCGGCCUUGGUAGGCUCUGGACCAUUUAGCCCGUCCGUCAUCAGCACGCCGCCGUCCUCGCCGGAGGCCAACUCCGAGUCCGGCGGGGUGGUGAGCGGCUGGGUGGGCACGCACGGCGACUUGCACUUGCCAGCCAAAAUCAGGAGCGGCGGCGGCGUGGCAAAGAGUUUGGAAAAGACGGGAAUCACUUGCGGGGACGUUUCUCCAGACGGCAGGAGGAGGAUACACAGGUGUCAGUUCAACGGCUGUCGCAAGGUUUACACGAAGAGCUCCCACCUAAAAGCACACCAGCGCACUCAUACAGGUGAGAAACCGUACAGGUGUUCAUGGGAGGGCUGCGAGUGGCGUUUUGCACGGAGCGACGAGUUGACCAGACACUUCAGGAAGCACACCGGGGCAAAGCCAUUCAAAUGCAGCCACUGUGACAGAUGUUUCUCCAGGUCUGACCAUCUGGCUCUUCACAUGAAGAGGCACAUCUGAAGCGGGGGGAGGACCGACACCAAGCAACGCAACGGAGGGCAAAGGUUUUUUUUUUGGUUGUUUUUUUUUUUUUCCCCAUGGGGAAAACCCGCUGCUCCCGACCUUGGGCUCAUGGUUGAACUUGUCCCAGAGAGCAGAGAUGUGGGAGCGUGUUUCAGCCAAAGCAUGCUGUUUUGCACCAUACUGAAACCCAGUGCCUCCGGGACCCUGAAGGUUGCAACAAGACGACAAAAUCAUCAACAUGAGAAGGACAGAAAAGAAAAAAAAAUCCACAAGGAAGCGAAUGAGUGGUUUUGUUUGUAUGGUGCAUGAUGGGGGGGGGGGUCAGCUGAUACACUGGUACUUUGCAAAAACGGUCUGAGGUGAGCAUGAAUGCACUGUGAAUGUCCGACAGCGGUGGCCCCGCCCCUUGCGGGAGAGGAUGUUUGGUCCAUUCCUCGUGUUCCCCCAGUGGUGGUCUGUCUGGCACCGAGACUUGGGGGUGGCGGGGUCAUCCCAAGCGUCUGAGGCCUCGGGUUGGACCUGAGAAAAUGGCGUCACCCUCCGCUCACCCCCAUGGUCACCGCGUGAGGAGAGUUUGUUUUUUAUUUUUGGUGCAGCUACUAAAUGUGCAAUGUGUCAUGUAGCCUGAUUUCUUAUUUUUUUACGAGCCAGAGAGUUUGUAGUCCACGUGUGUAAGCUGUGUGCUUGGAGCGCUAACACGAUGUAACGCCACGAUCAUGUUGCAUGCUUCUGGGGUUUCUUCUUUUCCUCUUUCCGCUCUAAUCAGGACUGCAAACACUUUCGACAAAAGUGCAGCUAAAAUGGUAAGAAAUGUUACGAUAUUGUACAUAAAGCCUGGAUGAGUCCUUUUUUUAUUUGAAGCAAAUCCUCCUCAUUCUCCUCCAUCCCACCACCGCUUGCUGGUCUCAUUCAUCUUCUGCCUUGGGUGGGGUGCCACUUUUUGGAAUUCUUUUGUACUUUCUAAUAAUGCACUGUUGACCUGAAUGGUGCCUUAUGCAAGUGACUGCCCCGCGGCAGUGGUGGUCUGCCCCCCUGGGGGAUGCUAUUGGUUGUACGGGCGAUUUGACAAGCUGGAUCAAGGCUCAAUUACAAAUGUCUUGUCUUUGUGUUUGUGUUUGGUGGCAGCCAUUUUGCUGUGCGUCUUAAAUGUGGCGUUUUGUUGAGUUGACUUGUGUACAGAAAUCUAAUGCUGUAUGUGUAGAGCACUUAUUACUUUCUUCUUAUUAAAGACGUUAACUACUGUGUAGUAUGUACUCAUGUCCAUCAAACGGCUUCAAAAAGGUACAAAAUGCUCCUCUUUACCACCCCCACCCCCGUCCCUUCAUGCCUGCAAGUGGGACAGAAGAAAGCGUAAAGAUUUCUUGUAAUGAAGGUGUGCAGUUGGACACGUAGCUGGCAGUAAUGAAUGGCUGAAGGCUUUGCUGGCAUGGACUGCUGACUGUGGAGCUUCCAUAUUGACCUGUUCUAGCAAAGCAGCGUUAUGAAAACUAAAAACACAAACAGGAGGGGAGGGGGGCGUACAAGACGAAUGUUGAGAUCAAGGCUAACCGCUUGGGGGUGAUGCGCUAGGGCCCGAGUUCACGCAGCAUGAAAUGAUCCCCGCCACCUUGCCGUGAGGAAUCACAUGUUCCAGCGUAUGGAUUUCAGAUCACACCUGAAACUUUGAUUGGCUGGCAGCCCAUGAAAAUCUUCAUCGUAAUUGAGCCUUGAAAAAGAUGCUUGCUCAUCUUUACCACUCUCCGUCAUCUCUCAUGCUACUUUCCCACUUUCCCAACUCCUGUCACGCACACACACGCACGCACGCACGCACGCACACACACACACACACACACACACACACACACAGCUUUGUGCUCAACAAAAUCUUUGUAUGAAAAUAAAAAGAAAAAAACACUUUUUUAAGAUUAUCUUUAUGCUUUAUGAAUUUUUUAUUUGGAAUUGUUUUGCAAAAUUGUUAUAUUUCUGUAUGAAUGUAUUUUUUAUUGGAAUAAUAAGACCUUGUUAUCUGA